AUGGAAAAUGCUGACCACUCUAGUCGAGCACCUACUGAAAUAGCUAAAGGAGAAUUAAAAGAUGCAUUUUAUACAGAGCUUAACGGAGUUCUUAGACAAACAAAUUCUAGGCACAUAAAAAUUUUAAUGGGUGACUUGAACACAAAAGUUGGUUCAGAAAAUGAAGGGCUUGAACAUACCAUGGGUGUGCUUGGUGUGGGGAUCAGGAAUGUAAAUGGUGAAUUGUUGACAGAUACGUGCGCUGAACAUGACCUAGUCAUUGGAGGCGCAUCGUUUCCACAUUGUAACUGUCAUAAGAUAAUAUGGGUUUCUCCAGACCACAUUAACAAAAAUCAAAUAGACCACAUAGUCAUAAGCUGCAAGUUCUGGCACUCUCUGUUAGAUGUCAGAAACAGAAGAGGAGCAGACAUUCGAAGUGACCACCACCUAGUUUUGGCAGAAUUCAGACUGAAGAUAGUGGCAAAUAGAACCAAGCUCAAUCACAAGUACAAGAAAAUAGAUGUGACUAGGUCCUCUCUGAAGAUAACUUUACGGAAGAGGGAACUGAAACAUGUUGGCAAAAAAAUCAAAGACAGUUAUUCAGAUGUGGAAGAAAACAUCUUAGGAUUUAAGGCACAUCAAAGGAAGGAAUGGAUCUCUGAUGCUUCAUGGAAUGAAAUCAGCCACAGGAAAGAACUAAAACUUAAGUUAAAUCUUUGUAAGACAAGAGCGCAGAAGAGCGAAGUGCAUAAAGAAUACAUGGAGGUGAACAAAAAAAUGAAAAUAUGGCUACGUCGAAAUAAAAGGAAAUCGAUAGAUGAACAAGCAAAAUUAGCAGAAUAG